AUGCCUGACAAAGUUUUGCUUAUACUACAGGUCCUCUACGCGAAUGCGCAUCCUUCCAUGUCGCACAUGUCCCCCGACUUUGCGUCUGUAUUCGGGGACUGUAUUUGCAUGACAAGACAAAUUUUGUACUCUGAAGAUGCGCAGCCCUUCUUGAUCGCUGGUUCUGGAACGCUUGGCUGGGAUCAGGUAUCUGCCAACCUUGUCGAACCAGGCGAGAAUGCCCUCGUUUUGCACAGCGGGUAUUUCGCAGACAGCUUCGUUGAUUGCUUGCAGACAUACGGUGCGAAUGUUGAUCAGGUGAAAGCACCGAUUGGGGAUUCUGUGAAAGAAUCAGACGUAGAGACUGCUCUAAAAUCGAAGAAGUACAAGGUCGUUACUGUCACACACGUCGAUACUUCGACAGGUGUAUUGUCGAACAUCAAAGGCGUCGCAGAAGUAGCGAGAAGGGUUUCACCGGACACCCUGGUCGUGGUAGAUGGCGUGUGUUCUGUUGCGAGCGAAGAAAUCCGUAUGGACGAUUGGGGAAUUGACAUCGUCAUAACUGCUAGUCAGAAAGGUCUUGGUACCCCACCUGGCUUGAGUAUCCUCGUGGCCAGUCAGAGGGCGAUGAAGGUCUUUCAAAACAGAAAGACACCUAUCACUUCGUACUACGCCAGCUGGAAGAAGUGGCUUCCGAUCAUGCGCGCUUACGAGAAGAACAGCGCUGCGUACUUUGCGACUCCGCCCGUCAACCUCAUUUAUGCCUAUCAUACGUCCUUGCGACAAAUUGUUCAGGGUCCCAUCUCGCUCGAGGACCGGUUCAAGGCACACAAGAAUGCAAGCCGACGCGUUAAGGACGCAGCGGCAGCACUUGGGCUGAGAUGCGUUCCCUUAAGUGAAGAUGUUUCUGCAAACGGAAUGACAGCUAUCUACUUCCCUGACGGCCUAGCAGCAAGCGACAUCAUAGCUCGCCUUCUGAAAAAGGACGUCGUCGUGGCAGGUGGUUUGCACGCUAGUAUUAAAGAGAAGUACUUCCGCAUUGGACACAUGGGUGCAACCGCUGUUGAUAUCGAGAGAGGGGACAUCGACAGGGUUAUCACGGCACUGAACGAAGCAUUGGCUGAAGCCAAGGCAAGCAAAGCUUAA